AUGCCAUUCGGAACUCUCACCCGCACCUCACUUGAGAGCACCACCACAGCCACACCAUUGCCAUCGCCAACGACAGUGUCGGGGUAUCAGUUGCAGCAACAGCAAAUCAAGCUCGCCAUAAUCUUUGGUAUCAUUGGCAGUGCUCUAGCCGCCGCCGCAAUGGUACUUGGCUACCUUCAACUUCGCAAGCAGUCCAGAGACCAGCGAGCAUCGACCGGACAGAGCGGAGAAGUGCUUGACACGCAUUCUCAACGAAAGAUCUGGCGCCGCCCAAGCUUUCGCCGUUGCCCAGAAGAGCUCAUCGUCCGAAUCGAGGAGAUCUAG